GUGGAGGCUGUCCCAAUCCCACUGGGCUGGGCUGGGCUGGGCUGUGCUGGGCGGGCAGAAUGCUGCAGGGUAGUUCUCUGGGGAGAGGGGAAUUGAAAAAGAAAAGCAUCUCCAAGGAGGGUGGAGAGGGAGAGAGGCUGUGUGGCGCACAGACGCACACUCUCAGCCUCCCGGGAAGAGCAUUCUUUCCUCUGCUCUCUGAGCUCUCUGUUGCUUCCCUGCUCAUUUGUGCUGUCAGCAGCGCCAGCAAAGUUGGCUUCCAACUUGAACUGAUCUGAAGGCUGGCUCCAGCUUCCUGGGAGCUCUGCAAGGCAGCAGGUCCCUACCUCUGAACUCAGCCGGUCUUGAGAAGCACACCCGGCCCUCCUGACCCCCAGCUGGCUCUUCAUCCCCUGGGUGAUGCUUCUGCCUUUCCCUGGGGCCGGAGAAUGGUGCACUGAGGGCCCUCUGGAGCCCCUUGUCCCAUCCUGGAGCUAGAGCAGUGCAAGCCCCAGGCCGACAUGGCCAACCUCCUGCAGCCUCAGUUGCCUCCAGCACAGGAGUCCGGCUCCACAUCACCCCUGGAGCUGCCGGAGAUGGAGAAACUCCUCACCAAGAUAGAGGACAAGGAUGACAAGACCCUGAAUCUGUCCAAGUCCCUCUCAGUAGCUCUGGAUCUGGAGCAGAAUGGCCACAGCCUGCCCUACAAGGCGAUCUCUGAGAAGCACCUGGAGGCCUCACUUCCCCGGUCCCCCGGCUCACGGGCCAGCUCGAGGCGAGCGUCCUCCAUUGCCACCACCUCCUAUGCCCAGGACCAGGAAGUCCCCAAAGAUUACCUCAUCCUUGCCAUUGUCUCUUGCUUCUGCCCUGUCUGGCCCCUCAACCUCAUCCCCCUCAUCUUUUCCAUCAUGUCUCGGAGUAGCAUGCAGCAGGGGGAUCGGGAUGGGGCCCGGAGGCUGGGCCGCCUGGCCCGGCUGCUCAGCAUCACCUUCAUCGUCAUGGGGAUCGUCAUCAUCAUCGUGGCUGUGACCGUCAACUUCGCAGUUCAGAAGAAAUAACACUAACCUGGGAGCUGUGCUGACAGAGGCGGGCCUGGCCACCUGGACAGUUCUGAACACACAUGCCUACACACCACGGAGGACCAGGUGGGGGCUGCCAAGUGUCCACCUGUCCCCAAGCUUC